AUGAGGGCCGAGGCGCGUCGGCAAGGACGGGGCUGCUACAGGGCGGCAGAGGAGCGCUGCUCUGCUCUGCAGGGCUGGGCCGGGACAGCGGCGGCGGCCCUUGCUGUUGACGGCGACGGCAGUUGCAGGCAGCAGCUACGGCGACUGCGGCCCCGGCUGUGGCGGCUGCGGCUGCUGCCGUUGGCGGCUGCUGCUGCUGUAGGUUGCUGCGGCGGAUUUGGCCUUGCCUGUGGCGGCGGCGGCCGCCUGCUGUCCGCGGCACCGGCGGUGGCGGAUCCCGCUGCUGGAGCGGCGUUGGCUGCUGCUGCAGGGGCGGCGACGGCGGGGCGGCAGGUCCGUGAGGGAGCCGAGAAGGGGCCGCGGAGGAGCCGAGAAGGGGCCGCCAAGGGCGGUGAAGGGGCCAUGAAGGGCCGUGAAGGGGCCACGAAGGACGGUGACGGGGCUGCGAAGGGGCCGUGA